AUGGCACGGGUGCGCGGCGGCAGCGGGUGGGGUGCAGGGACAUUUGCCGGCGGCGACGGCUCUCGCCAGCCGUCUGAGACCGAGCUGGAAUACGCUGAAUUCCAGACUGCAUGCGGCGCCGGCAGCUGCACGGUAGCUGCUGCCUGGCAGCCGCCGGUAGCCACGCAGCAGCAGGGCGCCUACUUUGCAAAGGUGGCCAAGAAGCUGGCAGGGUAG